AUGGCUGAUUUUAGGCAGCUCGCCGUCGAGUUUGUUCUCCAAGACGACAAGGCCGAGUCCGCUCGUAUUGCGCUGCGGGCUGCAAAGGAAAUCGAAACGGCAGCCACGAGUUCUAACCCUGUCGCUCGUUGGGUCGAGUCAGUGCAGCCAUGGAUGUCCGCGAAUCAAGACAAUGAUGUGAUGCAGGAUGCUGGCGACACCCCAGAUUGGACUUCCAGAGCCAAGUCAUUGGAAUUCUUAUCCCAAACUCUGUUCUACCUCAAUCUCGAGACACUGAAACCCAGUCAAGUCAAUCUACUGGUUGCUUUCUUCGGCUCCAUGUUUGAUGUCGAUCACAAAGCCGGGAUUCUAGCCUCCGCGAAUGCGCUCUCGCGAAUCAUUGCCAUGAAGUCAUUCGACCCCAAGAGCGGACAUGGCAUCAUUGAGAAGAUAAGCAAGUUGAAUGACGACUUCCCAAGGCAACUGCCGCAGUCGCGGCUCGCGGUGUACGAGCUGAUGAGGUCUCUCAUCCAGAACCCUGCCGUGGUAAAGGACCUGAGACUGCGUGACGGUGAUGAUGCACCGUUCAUGAAAGGCCUUGUGCGUCUUUGCGGAAGCGAACGGGAUCCCGACUGUCUGAUGGUGUGGUUCGACAUUCUUCGCAUAUUCUUAUCGGGGUAUUCGCCGUCUGCGGAAACGCUUGAAGAAGUUUAUGGCGCUUUCAAGGCAUACUUUCCUAUUACGCUGCCGCGCACUGCCCAAAGCGGCGUUACUCCCGAAGAGCUCAAGCUCCAGCUUCGGAAAUGCUUCUCAUCGACCCACGCUCUGGCCUCGCUUACUCUUCCUUUUCUCAUUGGCAAACUUGACCAAGGUGAUGGAGUCACUGUCAACGUCAAGGUCGAUAUUCUCCGAACAAUCAAAGCUUGUCUGGAGGAAUACCAACAUUCCGUCGAGUCCAUUGCGCCUUAUACCAACAGGAUCUGGACCAGUCUGAAGUAUGAGGUUAGGAACGGCGAAAUCGAAGACUCAAUAUGGGCUACUCUCGAAGUCCUUAAAACCCUUGCCACCCGGUUGACCGGAGACGACCUGCGAGACUACACCUUGACCGUUACCAGGGAUUGUGUGGCCGACUUGGCGACUCCCAUGUACACCACCUCGGCUGGUCGUCUACUUGUCGGCGUCCUCAGCGCCAGUUCAACCACCUUCGUGCUCAUGGUCGCACCAGCAGUCACGCAUGUUAAAGAAAAUCUACGCCAUCCUAAAUCACCCACUCACACCCUCAAUCUUCUCAAGAUUCUACGCAUCAUACUGGAAACUCGGCUUUUGCUUACCAAUGAGGAAAUGUCAGAGCCCGAUACGGGUGAUUUUGCUGCAGUUGACAGCAUCUUCACCACGUUGUACGAGGAUGUCUACAAAGCGCCUCUUGCGUCUGCUUCUAAGCCAGAUGCGUUGGACGAAGACUUCAGACUGUCAGCAGAAGCAGUGCAAGGAGUUGGAGCUUUGAUAGGUCAGAGAAAGAUGAGAUCCUUGUCUGCAGAAGCAGUAUCCGGCCAACACCUCGGUCUGUUGAUUUCCGGCUCGACCUGCUUCGAGAUCUGCGAAGCAAUGUUUGCCAUUGCAACGCAAUCUUGGCACGACGAAGCUCGUCGCAGUGGCUCAGAUGACCUCGGAAAUGAAGCAACCAAAGCACUGCAGCGCAGUAUCCGGGCCUUUCCUCAAGGCUUCCACCCAUUGGUAGUCAAAGGCAUGUCAAGUCUACGCCACUCCAUCGCAAAUCUCGACCGACAAUCGCUGGAGACAAUCCAAUCUCUUGGGCCUUUUCUCGCUUAUGUAGGCUGUUCUGCAGUAUCAGACAAUGCUGCGGAGACCAUGAAACGCUUUCUGGAGCUCGUGCAUGCUUUCGCUGCCGAGCUCUUUGUCGCCAUCGGCCACAAGACGAGCCCAAAGAUCUGGUGUUUCCUAGUCGUGGGUAUUCACACAGCUGCGCGGCACUUCAAUGACGCUUGCUUAGAAAAGGAUGCUGCAGCCGAUCAGGGCGAGGGUGAGCCGUCACUUGCUGAUAUCGGCAUCAAAUACCCUGAAAUUGCAGCACUCGGGAGUCCGGGUGAGGUCAGUUCGACAGCAAUGCCGCCAUCAUUCGGCUCCAUUGCAGAAGCUCGUAGCGAUGCUCUCCUCAUUUGCUUUCACAUUGCUGGAUUGUUUUACAAACAAGCUACCCGAAAAGGCCCUGUCAGCAGUCAGCUUGUAUUGAGCGACGAUUUUACGGCAUCCGAGCCGGAAUAUGAGCGCCAGUAUCUCUACCUGUUAUCGGAGUUGGCAGGUUUUGCUGUUCACGAGAUGAAUGAAUCGCAACAAGCCCUCUUGGAGGUAGAAAAACCCGCGCUGAACCUCUUCCGCGAGAUGGAAGUUAACACUUCAGCGACAUCGUGGCACUGGCUGACCAACAGUCCUUUGAAUGUCCUGUCGUUGGGGAUUCUGGGAGCCCUCAGACCCUCCAGAGUAGCCAAACUUUACGACAUGGGCGUAGCGCAGCAAAUCAUUUUUGAAGACGCACCAACUGAGUCUGAUUCAAGUCCGGCCAGAAGAGCCAUCCUGGCAGUUUUGGCAAAUAAGUACAGCAUCGAGACGCUGGACUCGGUGAUGACUGACCUGGAGAGGAGUUUGGACGACGCUCUCCGCAAUCUUCACACCUCGGAUUCGCCAACGCAUAGCCUUGGACUCAGCCUGUCCUUGUUUGCACUGCUGGGGGGGCUGCUUAGAAGGCACAGCGGUAGCAGGGUGCAAAGGAUCCUACAGAUACUGCAAACAGCCCCCAACAAUGCGGCAUUCGGAUCCCGACUGGCAAGAGGACUGGAAACCAUUGUUGCUCCUCAAAAACUGCUGACCAAGGAAAGCUUCGCAGUCGUGAGGCUCUUGUGGCUUCAAAGGGUGUAUAUCGGAUUGAUCAAGCCCAUGCUGGAAGUCGCCGUCGGUAACGAUUCCACAAUCACAGAUGCUCCGAUCAGGGCCAACUUCAGCAUAGCCGUCCUCCUGAUGAUAAAACAUGUGGGCUUUUCCGUCUGGGAAGAAGAUGCGGCGAAAAUCCUGCGCAUUGCCAUUGUCGUCGCCCAGAACCUUGGGACCGGGUUGUACGUCUUGGUAGCUUUGCAAGCCGUUAAGAGCAUCCUUGUCGAGUCGUCCGACAAGGUGGAAGCCCACAUUCCCGGCCUGAUCAAGAUUUGCACCAGUGUAUUCACAGGGAGGACGGCUUCGUUUGAUGGCCGUCCGGAGCGGCUGCCGACGGAUGCUGCCGACGUUACCGACAGCUUGGAGGUGCAGGCUGGCUGCGGCAAGCUGGCUUUGGAAAUCGUGGGUGGCUUGCCGCGAAUGUUUGAACCGCGGCAUCUGCUGGCGUACGAGCCUCAAGUUCAAAGGGACCUGUCAACAGCAUGUGGCCAUAAGCAGGAAGCGCUUGUUGAAACCAACUUGAGAGAGAUUUUUGUGCGAAUAGCCCUCGACAGAGACAUGGGACUGUCGCGUUACGCCUUCAUGCCACCCUGA